AUGGCCGAGGCAGAAGCAGUGCAGCUGAAGGAGGAGGGCAACCGGCAUUUCCAGCGCCAGGACUACAAGGCCGCAGCAAAGAGCUAUAGCCAAGCCCUGAAGCUGACCAAGGAUAAGGCCCUCCUGGCCACGCUCUAUCGGAACCGGGCAGCCUGUGGCCUGAAAACGGAGAGCUAUGUUCAGGCGGCUUCAGAUGCCUCGAGAGCCAUCGACAUCAACUCCUCGGACAUCAAGGCUCUCUAUCGGCGAUGCCAGGCACUGGAGCACCUGGGGAAGUUGGCCCAGGCCUUCAAGGAUGUGCAAUGCUGUGCCACCCUGGAGCCACGGAACCAGAACUUCCAGGAGACACUGAGGAGGCUCAACACCAGCAUCCAGGAGAAGCUCCGUGUGCAGUUCUCCACAGACUCGAGGGUACAGAAGAUGUUUGAGAUUCUCCUGGAUGGAAACAGUGAAGCUGAUAAGCUGGAGAAGGCAGCCAACAACCUCAUUGUUCUCAGCCGUGAGGAAGCAGGGGCCGAGAGGAUCUUCCAGAACAACGGUGUGGCCCUGUUGCUGCAGCUUUUGGACACUAAGAGGCCUGAGCUGAUGUUGGCUGCAGUACGGACCCUGUCGGGCAUGUGUAGUGGCCACCGAGCUAGGGCCACAGCGAUUCUCCACGCGGUCCGGAUAGACCGAAUCUGCAGCCUCAUGGCUGUGGAGAAUGAAGAGCUGCCUCUGACCGUCUGCAACCUGCUCCAGGCCAUCAUCGACGCUCUGUCUGGGGAGGACAAGCGAGAGCAUCGAGGGAAGGAAGAGGCCCUGGUUCUGGACGCCAAGAAGGACAUGAAGCAGAUCACCAGCCACCUGCUUGACAUGCUGGUCAGUAAGAAGGUGUCUGGCCAGGGCAGGGAUCAGGCCCUGAACCUGCUCAAUAAGAACGUCCCCAGGAAGGAUCUCGCCAUUCACGACAACUCACGCACCAUCUAUGUGGUGGAUAACGGCCUGAGGAAGAUCCUGAAGGUAGUGGGGCAGGUUCCAGAUCUGCCGUCCUGCUUGCCCCUGACUGACAACACCCGAAUGCUGGCCUCUAUCCUCAUCAACAAGCUCUAUGACGACCUGCGCUGUGACCCGGAGCGUGAUCACUUCCGCAAGAUCUGCGAGGAGUACAUCACGGGCAAGUUUGACCCCCAGGACAUGGACAAGAAUGUGAUUGCCAUCCAGACGGUGUCAGGGAUCCUGCAGGGCCCCUUUGACCUGGGCAAUCAGCUGCUGGGACUGAAAGGAGUUAUGGAGAUGAUGGUGGCUCUGUGCGGCUCAGAGCGUGAAGCGGACCAGCUGGUGGCUGUGGAGGCCCUCAUCCAUGCCUCCACCAAGCUCAGCCGUGCCACAUUCAUCAUCACCAACGGCGUGUCACUGCUCAAAGAGAUCUACAAGACCACCAAAAACGAGAAGAUCAAGAUCCGCACACUGGUGGGACUCUGUAAACUUGGCUCUGCGGGCGGCACAGACUAUGGUCUCAGGCAGUUUGCAGAAGGGUCGACAGAGAAGCUGGCCAAACAGUGCCGCAAGUGGCUGUGCAACACGUCCACAGACACCCGGACCCGGCGAUGGGCAGUGGAGGGCCUGGCAUACCUCACGCUGGACGCCGACGUGAAGGAUGACUUUGUUCAGGACAUCCCUGCCCUGCAGGCCGUGUUGGAGCUGGCCAAGACCCCUGACAAGACCGUCCUGUACUCGGUGGCCACCACCCUGGUGAACUGUACCAACAGCUACGACGUCAAUGAGGUCAUCCCUGAGCUGGUGCAGCUGGCCAAGUUCUCCAAGCAGCACGUGCCCGAGGAGCACCCCAAGGACAAGAAGGACUUUGUGGACAUGCGGGUGAAGCGGCUUCUGAAUGCCGGCGUCAUCUCAGUGCUGGCCUGCAUGGUGAAAGCAGACAAUGCCAUCCUCACUGACCAGACCAAAGAGUUGCUGGCCAGGGUAUUCCUGGCACUGUGUGACAACCCAAAGGACCGAGGUACCAUUGUGGCUCAAGGUGGUGGCAAGGCCCUGAUUCCCCUGGCUUUGGAGGGCACAGACGUGGGCAAGGUGAAGGCAGCCCAUGCUCUAGCGAAGAUCGCGGCAGUCUCCAAUCCGGAUAUCGCCUUCCCUGGGGAGCGGGUGUACGAGGUAGUGCGGCCCCUUGUGAGUCUCCUCAACACACAGAGGGAUGGGCUCCAGAACUAUGAGGCUCUCCUAGGCCUCACCAACCUGUCUGAGCGGAGUGACAAACUCCGGCAGAAGAUCUUUAAGGAGAAGGCCUUGCCAGAUAUUGAGAACUACAUGUUUGAGAACCAUGACCAGCUGCGGCAGGCAGCCACAGAGUGCAUGUGCAACAUGGUGGUGAACAAGGAGGUACAGGAGAGGUUCCUGGCUGAUGGGAAUGACCGGCUGAAGCUGGUGGUGCUGCUCUGCGGGGAGGAUGAUGACAAGGUGCAGAAUGCGGCUGCGGGGGCCCUGGCCAUGCUGACAGCAGCACAUAAGAAACUGUGCUUCAAGAUGACUCAAGUGACGACUCAGUGGUUGGAGAUACUACAGCGGCUUUGCUUGCAUGACCGGCUGUCAGUUCAACACCGGGGCCUGGUCAUUGCCUACAACCUGCUGGCGGCUGAUGCUGAGCUGGCCAAGAAGCUGGUGGAGAGUGAGUUGCUGGAGAUCCUGACUGUGGUGGGCAAACAAGAGCCAGAUGAGAAGAGGGCAGCAGUGGUUCAGACAGCUCGGGAAUGUCUCAUCAAAUGCAUGGAUUAUGGCUUCAUUAAACCAGUGUCUUAGACAGGGCCCAGAGGG